CUCUCUCUCUCUCUCACACACGGUAUCCAGGAGAACAUAGAACACAGCCCUGGACUGCCCCCUUCUGCCACAGCCUUGGCUGAUCAUCAGGCUGUCCUGUCUCCAGGUUUUGCUGCGAGAGGCUGCCCUUGUCUGGAACUCAGUCCAACAGGGAUGUUGCUUUCCCUCCCCCAAGGGUGGUUGUGAGGAGUCAACUGUAUCGCGUCAUUGUGAAAUCAUUUUUUAAAAAGUCUGAAAACAAAAUGAGAGAACAGUAAAUGCACUUUGAAGCACAAACAUGCUAUACGAAUUCAAGAUGGAACAGAUUAAGCGUGCUAACCGACUUUAUACUAAUGACUCCAUCUUCCUCAAGAAAACUCUCUAUAUUCCCAUCCUGACUGAGCCCCGGGGAUUAUUCAAUGGGCUAGAUUCUGAGGAGGAAGAAGACAAGGAGGAAGGGAUGCCACUGAGUCGAGGUGGAGCUGAAGGCCCCUCAGCCUUGAGGAAAAAACAAGAGGAGAAAGCCAAUGGUGAAGGCCUUUCCUCCAGAUGUGGCCAGGACCUCCCCGUACCCAGCCAUGACCUCUCUGCCACUGACUUCCUCAAGAAGAUUGACUCCCAGAUCAGUUUGUCGAAGAAGGCUGCCGUCAGGAAGCUGAAGAAAGGCGAGACUGGGGUGCCCGGGGAGGAUCUGCAUCCCCACUUGGCUUCCCCCCGAAAGCAGCAACGGGCAGUACUGGGCCCUGUACCCCUGACUCGAACCACAAGGGCAGCCACCUUACGGGACCAGGAAGAUGAAAUCUUUAAACUCUGAUACCCCCAAAACUGUUGGGAAGAGAGAAGCAGUAGAGGAGAACCUGUCUGAUGGGUUGAAAGUUGAGGAUCCACCAUCUCAGCCCAUCUCUGCUUUGGCUUCCCUGCCCCGCCCUCAUCCCCCUGACCUGGCCUUCUUGUCAUGCCAGGGACUACGGCCAGACGCUGUGGGAGGAAUUGUAGGCAAGAAUGGAAGGGUUGAGAUUAGAUCCUUUCCAAACUCUUCUGACUGAAUCUUGGGAUCUUGUAGAUUCAGAGAGCUCUGUCUGUCCCUUUCUUUCCUCUCUCUGAUUCCUGUCACAGUUUCUUGGCCUUACUGUAGGGGUGGAGGGAUCUCCAGAACCUGUCCCCCCACACCCUCCUACCCUCCUCUCUAAUUUAUUUGGUGCUAUGUUGGAAUCCUAUUUAUUGGCUAUAUUUUGUUUUCCUAGCAGGAGAUGGGAGUCCUCCCAGCUCUCAGGGGAUGGUGGCUAAGAAAUGAUCAGCCAUGAUGGCUGCUCCCGUAGUCCCCUCAGUCAGGGAGCCCUGGGGACCGUUGGGAGUGUGGGUAUGUCUGAGCCCCAGUCCCUGCUGUGUAGCACUGAGGUCCUGAACCAGCCUCCCGAGAAGCUGUACCAACUUUCUUCCCCAAAUCGGGAAGUGAAAUGCUGGACUUCGCCUUGACCUCACUGGUCCUUUUUUCUUUCUCAUGGUUCAGGAGAUUAGAGAUUUUGCUCACCCUUUCCCUCGCUACAUUUCUGCCCUGUUCCACUGAGCUGUAUAUUGGGGUAGAUAGAGGGAUGGGAGCCGUGGCCACAGGCCACCUGGAUGGGUAGUCAGUCAGUUUGGGAUUUAAAGAGCAGGUCUGACUACCUGUGUUCUGCGUGCGUGCGUGCGUGCAUGUGUGUGUGUGUGUGUUGUGUGUCUCCCCUACACAUACUGAGCACUGGAGGCUUCUUCUGUUACCUCCAUGGCCUCCUGGUUCCUUUCUUUCUUUCCAUUGCAUAUUUAUUUAUGGUUUGUAGCACCAGCUUGAGGUGUAGUUCUGUAUUUUUGAAGAGAAAACAGCAGGCUAGGGAGGCUCUUUGGGGCUAAGAGUCUGCCUUAUUUUGUAAUUUAAUGUUGGACAUGGGGGAAAGUGAAUGUGUUUUCCCAUUCCCCUCUCCCUGUGUUGAUAGUAGGUUGUUAGAAACUGCAGAGAUUAAACAUGGAGCCCUGUG